AUGAUGAAAGAGAAAGGUGCCAAGGUUCUGGCUCCUUCAGCUAUUAGGGCUGAAGCUGGAAAAUAUCGAGAUUUGCCUGGGAUGCCUGGGCAUACGGACAAUAUCGAGGCCAUUACAGAUGUUCAGUCUGUUAUUGGGACUUACAGACGAAGCUGCGAGCUAGCUAAAUCAGCUGGCUUUGAUGGAGUUGAGCUCCUUGCUCAAGGCGGCUAUCUACCUCAACAGUUUCUCAGCAGCCGUGCGAAUCACCGUACCGACAACUAUGGCGGUUCAGUCGGAAACAGAUGCCGCUUCACCCUCGAACUCGUCGAUGCAAUCGCCGCCGUCUUCAACGGACACGAGUAUAUCUGCGUCAAAAUUAACCCUACAGACCAUCUCAACGAUUCUAUCGUUGACUUUGGUGAGAUGAAAGAGACCUAUACGUAUCUCAUCACCGAGCUUGUCAAACGAAAGGUUGGUAUCAUCAACCUUGGCCGUCGUGGUGCCGAAACGUCCCCCGGUUCAGGGGAAUUCUUUGGACCUCUCCCUCGGCCUGAAGGUUAUCCUCUCCCUCGUGGCUAUGACCCUGUUCUUGACUUUGGGAAGCUCGUCAAGUUUCCUGGUAGUCCGACUUUGCUAAUGGCCAAUCAUGAUUAUACUGUUGAAGCGGCUGAUACUCUCGUUGGAGCGGGCAAACUCGACAUGAUUACGUUUGCGAGAGCUUUCAUCCACAAUCCGGAUCUUGUUCCUCGCAUCAUUCAUGGAGUACCCCUCGCCACGAAUGAUAGAGGCGCUUGGGUUUAUUACGGGCUGGACAAAAGACCAGAAGAGGGUUACAAUGAUUGGCCAGUAGCCUCAACCACAUAG